AUUACCAAUUGUAGACGCAGGAAUCUACGAUCAAUGUACUGUCCGUUUGAGGUCACCUGUAAUCUAUAAGGAUUAGAGUGAGAAUCAUCGAGUGAAAGCUAGACACCAUUGUGGUGCCGGUGAGGGAAGCUCCGACGAUCAAGUUAGUAAGCUGAUGGAGUGUUUAGAGAUUCACCAUUAGAUUAUCACCCGAGUGGUUGACAAAUACUGUUUUUGUUCCUUCCCUUUUUAGUAUCCCAUGUUACCCUCCUUAACUCCUUUUGGUUGUCCUACAUGUCAUAAGACAAAAAAAAAAUAACUGAUAAAACCGUUCUCUCUCCAAUCACACUAACAAACUUCUCGCUUUGGAUGCUCUUUAUUUGUGUCCUUAUUUUGAACUUUUCUACAUUGAUGGGUUGCACCAGAACCCCCCAUCCACCCCUCACCAUCACCUCCUCUUCUAACAUCUUUCACCUAAAGAAACUCUAAUGGAGGGGAAGAGAGGAGACAUUAGAAUAUACAUAAUCUCAGGCUUCAUCUUGGCUUGCAUCCUCGCGGGUGGAAUUUUUCUUGGUCUCUACAUUUUCCUCCCCGUCGCAGAAUCUCAAUCUUGGUAUCCGAUUGCAGGAAUCGUUCUUGUAGCCAUUCCAUGGGCAUUUUGGUUCUUUAUGUAUAUAUACAGAUGUUGUUCACCAAAAAAUGUGCAAUUUCAAGAGCGCAGCAACAUGCAUAGAUCUGCAGCUCCAUCUACCACAACCAGGGCGACAACCAACCAACGAUUAUCUGUUGACUCCCCAACCUCUUCUCCUGAUGGAAAACGUCACGUCCAUUUUGGAGCAGUUGUCGUGUUAGGAACCGCUGACAAGGUAAAUAAUGUUGGUGGUGGUGAUGGAGAUGAAGAAGACUUGGAAGAAAAUAAUUCAGGCAGGCAACAUGAAGGUAGAGUAACAUUGGAUGAGAAACCGGAUUCGGUUUCUUCUAGGGAAAGUGAGCUGCCAUUAACUCUUGGAAUGUCAUCGUCAUAAUAGUUCUGACUUCUGAAUGUGAAUUCUAUAGCCGGUUUUGGAAUCCUCGUCCAACUGUUUUAGGCCAAUGUACGUUGAUAUGAUUCCACCAGAUGAGGCAGACAUUGACAAACAAGCAGCAGCAAAUUGAGGUGAAGAACAGCCUAAAUGUAUGGCAAGACCGGGUUGCAUCGCUAGAAUCUGGUGUAUG